UGCCAGAGGAAAGAGACCAAGUAACACCAUGUGGAUCACUAGGCGGGAGCGGCAGUGGUGGUGGUGGGGCGUGGCGGUGGUGGUGGUGGUGGUGAUGAGUCUGGUGGUGGUGACGGACGCGGCCCCAGCGGAGGACGAGGAGCGGGCGAGGCUACUGGGCUGGGGUGGUGAUGGUGGUGGUGGUGGUGGUGUUUUGGGGUGGCUAUUUAACCCCCUCCAAACCUACUCCAGCAGGCUCGGCGCAGCAGAAGAGCCAGCAGAGGAAGGUAGAAGGAGGAACGACAAGCCUACUGCUGAUCGUAACUCCAAGCAGAAAAAGACUAAGAGAAAGCCGCUCAGUAGCAGCGAGAACGUUCACAGCAGCAGCGGGAACGUUCACAGCAGCGGGAACGUUCACCACAGCAGCGGGAACGUUCACCACAGCAGUAACAUCCACCACAGCAGCAACGUUCACGGGGUGCCGAGCUAUGCGACCGCAGUGCCGACCUCCGUAACCGGCAAACCCAUCGUGAUUGGAGGUCAUCACGUCGGGAGUUUUGCAGACCACCACAACAACCACCACAGCAGCAGUAGUAGUAGUAGUAGCAACCACAACAACCAACAAGGCUCGCUUCUAAACUAUCUCCUACCAUCCUUCCCUUCCCUGCCCUCCCUACCGUCCUUCAGCCACUCUUCCUCUUCUAACUUUGCGGUCGGUGGUGGUAGUAGCAGUAACCAUGGUAGUAGUAGUAGUAGUAGUAGUAGCAGCAACCUGUUCAACCAUAAUCUGUUUGGUUAUGGUAAUGCUGACUCCGGUUCGAGCGAGGAGGCCAAAGAUGAGAAGCCCAAGCCGACGACCACGGAAGUUAUGGUCCUCAGAUAUCCGGGGUUCAUCACGACCAUCGGGAGAGGGAUUAGCCAGAUGUCCAAGGCUAUCCGUCGCUUCGGUGAAAACCUCGGCAACUCAAUGGCAAACUCCGUCAAUCUGAACCGAAUCCCGAACCUCUUAGGGCAAGGGGUGAGCGCCAUCGUCCCACUCGACAACGUAGAUAACAAAUUCCCGAACGCCGACCACUCAAACAGCCAUUCAUCCAGCUCAUCCAUCCACAACCCAUCCUUCUCGUACUCACACUCACAGACAUCCUCCAUUGGGUCAUCCGGCGUCCACUCCGAGCACACAAGUUCGGUGAAUUCCGGGAACCUUCUAAGCAGCAUCAACAAUGGUGUCUCCAGCGGGCUCCAGAACAUCAACAAUGGUCUUAGCAACAUUCAAAACUUCAUAAGCUCCAGCGCUAACAACCUGCCCAGCCUCUCUGACCUGACCUUACCGAACUUGAACCUCCCGAGCUUGCCUGGCAUCCCCGGGGUCAACGUGGGGUCAAGUCUAUCCCAGUCGGGGUCAACGCUCUCUCACACGGGGUCAUUUAGCAUCGGUGGGGGCGGGGGUGGGUCAAGUUCGAAGCCCAAGCCUGACCCUCAAGCUGGUUACCAUAAGCGGCCCACUUCUGGGUGUUGUUAAGUGGUGGUGGUGGUGGUGGUGGUGGUGUAGUGGUGUUGAGGUUGGUGGUGGUGGUGGUGGAGUUUUGAGGCGGAGGUGAGAUUUUGGUGGUGUUGAAAUUGGUGUUGAAAUUGGUGUUGAAUUUUUUCCCUUCCCAUCCCUUCCCUUCC